AGUGUUUAUACUAGUAAACCACUAGUUGAUGACGAUGAGAAGGGUUGUGUUACUGUCACUUCUACUUCUCCUCACACCAGUUAACAGUCAGGCUGAUGACAAUACAGGUAACGACGAGGCAUCUGCUACUGAAGACAAGACAUCCGCUACUGAAGAAGGAGAUGAGCUAGAGCUAGUUUGUGAUGUAACUCCUGAGGGGUUCGAAGACAUCGAUCCAACAACACAGAACAAGGUAGACGAGUGGAUCCAGAAACUGUCGGGUAGUAGACUUGGGGGACUGAUCAGGAGGGUCAUUGCAAGAGCUAUUAAGAGAGAGGAUUCAGUGAUCCGGCGGAUGUUAGGUCGUCUAGCACAAGACCCCAACGAUGAGAACUUUGAGGAGGGGGAGCUGGGUAUAACGCAACCUGUGUACAGUCCGGUUCUCAGUCUCAUGACUAAGAUAUACGGGGAAACAAAGACUGUUGUGGGUUAUCUGAGGGCGUUUGGAUUUUUCGGUAAAGUCCUUGGUAUGUCACCAAACAAACUAGAAAACUAUAAAGGAUCGAUACCUCCAUGUGCUAUAACAGAAGCAGUGAAAGCGUUCCAAUUAUUCAACAACCUGGAACCUUCUGGAACCCUGACUAAAGAAACCAGGGAUCUGAUGAAGAAGGAGAGGUGUGGUAAUCCUGAUGUGGGAUGUGAAACUCCUGACUGUAUCGCUGAUAAAGAGGCAGAGGAAGCUUCGGAAUAUCUUAACAGAAGAAGAAGAUCACUAAACAGGCAGAAGAGAUGGGAGGUCGUGAGCGGUAGAACAUGGAAAAGCGGGGAUUUCAAGUACUUUUACCAAGGAUACACUGAUGAUAUGACUCAAGAAGUCCAAAGAGCAGAAAUAGAGAGGUCUCUCAAGGAAUGGGCAGAUGUUGCAAACGUUAACUUUUACGAGACAGACACUGAAGAAGAAUCAGAUAUCAGGAUUGACUUUGGAGGUGGGGACCAUGGUGACAAGUAUCCCUUCUCGGGGCCUGGUGGUGUCUUAGCUCAUGGGUUCUACCCCAGGAAAGGAGAUAUGCAUUUUGAUGACGACGAGUUUUUCACUGCUAACCAGUUUUCUGGAACCAAUCUCUACUACGUAGCUACCCACGAAUUCGGCCACGUGCUCGGUAUCAGACACACGAACGUUAAGGGAGCUGUUAUGUACCCUUACUAUCCAGGAUUUAAAGAGGAGAUAAAUCUUACUGAAGACGAUAUCAGCGCUGCAGUAACCCUCUUUGGUGCCCGUGAAACCGAAACUGUUGUAGUUGACGGUGGAUGGAGCGAGUACGGAGAUUGGUCAGAUUGUAACACAGUCUGCGGAGGAGGUGUACAGACCCGGACGAGAACGUGCACCAACCCAGUACCUGGGGAUGGUGGGGCAGAGUGUACGGGGGAUGGUACCGAGAUGAGGACUUGCAAUAUGGUGGACUGUGUUGUUCCAAUAGACGGAAGGUGGAGCGAUUUCGGGGCGUGGUCGGAGUGUUCAGUAGAGUGUGGAGGGGGGUCUCAGACCAGGACUAAGACCUGUUCUAAUCCUCCUCCUAAGAACGGUGGUGAGGAGUGUGUGGGAGGGGACUCUGAGACUCGGAAUUGUAAUACUGAAGCAUGUCCUGAAGCUGUGGAGCCUGUCGAACCUGGUGUACCUGGUCUACUUCCACAUUGGGAGGUGACACAAAGUGGUACUCUUAAAACAAUGUAUGCUUCCCUCGCUGUGGACGGAGAUCUGAGGACAAAGUCGCAAACUAAAUGCUCAGGAAAGGAACAUGCUUGGUUCAAAUACACGCUAGCAAUAGCAAGUGAAGUAGAGACGGUGGUGAUUGUAAACGGUAACUAUGACAACAAGCGGUAUAAGCUGGACAAUGCUGUGGUAUACGCGGAGACCGGGUCGGAAUGGGUCGAGUGUGGAAGGAUAGCGGUUACUAGCACCACUUCAACCAGGGGCCAGACUUACACUGUCGACUGUGGGGGCAUAGUUGCGACUUCUGUGAAAAUUGUACAAGAGCAAAAGUGGAACAAGAGAAAUUGCUUGGAUUUAAAGGAAGUUAAAGUUUACGGAAUCAGCGGAGAUGUAGAGGAGCCUGAUGUCGAUGAAGGGCCUCCUGCUGUUGAUGGUGGUUGGAGUGAGUAUGGAGAUUGGUCGGAGUGUUCAGUCGACUGCGGAAGAGGAACCCAAACCAGAACUAAGACUUGUACUAAUCCGGUACCAGAGAACGGAGGUGCAGACUGUGAAGGGUCACCCACACAGAUUCAGCCUUGUUUCGGCAAAUGUAUUGUCCCUCUUGACGGCGGAUGGAGUGACUGGAGUAACUGGUCAGAAUGCUCCGCAGAGUGCGAGGGAGGGACUCAGAGCAGGAGCAAAACCUGCACAGAUCCGGUUCCUAAAAACGGUGGUGCUGACUGUGUGGGGGCAGGUUCAGAGACUAGGAACUGUAAUACACAAGAGUGUCCUACUUUGCCUGGAUUGGACGUGGUACAACUGAUCCCCCACUUUGAGGUGUCUCAAAGCAGUACAGCAAAAUCCUUGUCAGCUUCCUUGGCAGUUGAUGGUGACCUUGACACCAAGUCACAAACCGGAUGUACCGGUAAAGCUAACUCCUGGUUCAAAUACACGCUAGCUGAACCACACAGUGUUGGAAAAGUGGAAAUAGUAAACGGAAAUAAUGACAAAAAGAGAGGGAAACUAGACAAAGCUAUGGUUUACGGUGAGCACGGGUUCGAAAAGUUUUUGUGUGGUAGAGUACAAGUAACAGAAGUAGCCUCAACAGAGGGGCAAACUUACUCGGUCAACUGUGGGGGCAGAUUAGCAACUUCCGUGAAAAUUGUACAAAAGGAAAAAUGGAACAAAAGAAAAUGCUUGGAAUUGAAAGAGGUGCGAGUGUUCGAGUACUCUGAAGAGUUGGAAGGGGAGGAAUGAUUGUUCCCAGGAGAUAAAUGUUGAGUUAUGAGGCUGCAAGUACUGUCUGUGACUUAUCAGAGUGAUUCGCCUAAAAUAUUGCCAUAUCAUUACUGUCUUAUGACAAUUACAUUGUCGCAAAAUUGGCAAUGAUCAGAUUUAUAUGAAAAUAUUGAACAGUGUUUUAUAUUUUUUGCAUUUAUGUGACAAAUCCCAGCUUUGAAAAAAGUUUACCAGAUUUUUACGUGGAC